AGGCCGCCCAAUAGGAUUGCUCGUUGCUGCGCCGUGCCUAGGGUCCUGGUCUCCGCACCUCGCCUUCUGUCAGCGGUUGCCCGGGGUGGGCGAUGGCGGCGCGUACCUGAGCCGCUCUUGACGGGCACAGGAGCUGAUAAAUAACGUUCAAAGUUGAAUUAUAGCAUCAUCAUUGGAGAAUGUCACAAACAUCUGGCGGUUUCCUGCUUCCUUUGGGUCCCUUGCUGGGACAGAAAAGAGUUUCUCCAGCUGAAGCAGAGUGCAAGGAAACUGAAGGCACCUUGGAAUCAAGUGAUGAAUCAUCAUUUCCAACGACACUUGAAAUGUCAGCGGCUUCCUCAGUUGAAAAUAAAAAUGCUAUAGUCACAGAGGACAAUAAGCGAACAUACACAUCAUUUAAAUCCUUGACAUCCAGACCACCAAAGGACUCUCCACGACCAGAUGAAUCUCUGCAAAAGGACAAACUCAAUCAUUUAAAUGGAUCAGGACCACAAAACAUUUUUGCCAAAUCUCUGCUACAAGCUGAAACUCUGCUCUGGAACCGUCUUCAACCUGGGUGGAGAUGGCUAAUGGCUAAGCACCAAGCAGAAGAUAUUUGUUCUGAAGCAGAUAGUGAUGAUCGAUUGCUUGCUUCGGACCUUGAUAGCAGAUGUUCUUCAGGGAGAAUGUUCGAGGCGGAGCAGAUUGUUUUUGAAUUGGGUAAAUGUUGCCAUCUGCAACAAAGUUUAAAAGGUACUUUAUUUCAUGGUCAUAUGAAAUCGUUACCCAUGGAUAUUUUGGGCACUACUGACUUUCAGUAUCAUCAAGUCAUAUCAAGCUUAGGAAACAAUUAUGCAAAACUUAGGAAACUAUUGGAACAUAGAUCUUGUAUUCUUCUUAAUGAAGCAUAUGUCAAAAAUCUAAGGGGAGCAUCUAACUUUAUAAGGAAACUGGAGCAAUUGCUGAUGCAAGAGCAAGAAAAGUCCAAAAAUGUGAAUGUGGACAUAAGUCAUUCAAAUGCCACAUCUCUGAAGGAACUUAGACAACUGUGUGAAGAACUGAGAUGCCAUACAAGCCACUGGAAAUGCUUAGAAGAAAAAAUUAAGAAUGACCCAUGGUUAAAUUGCAAGUUGUUGCAUUUGAAAAAAUUCUUUAUUCGCAUGAAGAAAACUUUGACAUUGUUGAGCAUAAAUGCUGCUUUUCUCAUGGAGCAAUAUAUUUCCAAAGUACUUUGUACGUUAGCAUAUGCUGACCCUUACAGCAUACCCUCAGAAUCGCUUUGGGAAUUUUUUCGAGGUUUGGAAAUAUACAAUAUUAUUGUAUCGGAAUCUAAAAUACCGCAGCCAUAUUUUGAACUUAAUAAUUCUAUUGAAGAAACUAAUAUAAAUGAAUCUGAUUUACUGUGUCAAAGACUGAAAGGAACAUUGUGUAAACAGAGCGGGAACUGGGAAAUUGAACCAUUUCUGAUAGAGAGAGUAUUGAAGGUUUUAGCUAAUGAAAGAGGGAGAAUUGCAGCCGGUUGUUUUUAUGAUACCAUAAUGAUGAAUAAAACAUUUCUUUUAGCUGUGAGCCAUCAUAAUCUCACAGCAUUAGACUGGGAAAACAUAAAACUCUCAUUUCUUAGGUUUGCAAGUAGUCGUGAUAUUUUUUGUGGUGAAGAAGAUACCCUGUGUCAACCAAAAUUAGGAAGCAGCCAACAAGAAUUGAAACCUUGUAGUUGUAAGAAGUCCAUUCAAAAUUUCUGCAUGGAAGAUGAAAUGUUUUUGAACAAAAUUGUUGAUGGCCUUGUUGCAACCAACAUAUUGUGGCAACAUAUUCUGAAUAGACCCAAGAAGGAUAAGCGACAGGAAACUAAAGCAGAAGACCUGCAGUUGCAACACACCAUCUUUUCAACAGAAAAUAACCCUCAUCAAAGUUUAAAAACCAAACAGAAUGAUGAAAUAACUGGAAAUCCUUUAGUUUCCCCUCUCAUGAGCAAAUCUGUACAUCGGCAAGACUACACACACUGUGAAGAAAAGGUUCUGCUGUUUUCCAAAUACAAAGCUAUAUUGUGGAAAACCUUUGCAACUCACUUGAGCAAUCAUUUCUACUUCCAGCCACUGUUUGCUUCUGGUGGCUCUAAACACAACAUCGGAAAGCUGGACCAGUGCAAGGCAGAAAUCUCAGCACUACUUAUUCAAGUACUGCAUGAAGCAUGUUACAAAGGAUUACUCCCAAGUGACAGUGAACCAUUUGUAAAGGAUCUUUGUCUCUCUAUGUGGUCGCGGAUUGCUCUUAUUCAUUGGGAUCAAGUAUUCUGCAGUACCUUGGGAUCAACAUUGAAGGAUAAAUGUUUUCCUGACCCUGAAUCAAAGGGAGAUACACAGAGAAGCAGGACAGCUGGGCUUUUUCUGGCACUCUUUCACCCUCUCUGUAUAACACUAACCUGGUUGAAUCUGGAGCAAGCUCAAAAUCAAGGUUCCAGUAAUGGAGCGGUUUGUAAACUAGUAGUGCCGUCUAUCUUGGUGCGAACAUUGAGCCAUUGCAUCACGACACUGCAGGCCUCUUCCCAUUGGUUAAUGACCAAAGGAUUCCAGUUUCUUUCUUCUUGGUCCAUGAAUCAGUUUCUACUACUAAUUCAAGGAGAUCUAAAAGUUCUUAAGGUGAUGGCAUCGAAGAUGUUGCAGCUUGCAGAAACCUUUUGUGUUGAAGAAAAUCAUAGCCAAGGAAUCCAGGAGUCUUUGCUGCAGGCUGAAGUAACUACACUGGUAAAAGAGCUUGGCUAUGUUGCUGCCAUCUUCAGUACAUUCUCAGUGAAGGCACUGGCGAUAUUUUCAACUAAAUGUAGAAAGAUGACUCUUGAGAUAUUCCAACAAACCAUGCCAGUGGGACGACAGUGGAGAGUAAAUUAUCGAUCAGUUGUGCUCCCCAGUAAAUCCAAUGAAUAUGCAACUGCUGCUGUGCACGCUGUAAUUGCUCGGGUGCUGGAGGGAAUUCAUCAACUUCCAGAAGAUGCCCAAAUCAUUCCAUUGACAGAAGCUUUGACCGCUUUCAUGGAGGCCUGGAUGGACCAUAUAUUGAAGGAAAAGAUAAAAUUUAGCCUCCAGGGUGCCUUACAGCUAAAGCAGGACUUUGACGCAAUUAGAGAACUAAUCUGUUCAGAUGAUCAGCGAAUAUCAAUGGAAGUCAGACAGGCUGUCCUUUCUCUCCGUGUCUUCCAUCAGGUGGACAAUGCCAUUAUCUGCCUCCUUCAGCAACCUACCAGGAAGGUCUAUGUUCCAUCAAAUACUUGGGACCAAUUCAGGAGAUGCUGCUCCUCUUCCAGCAGGACAGUUGACUUCAGUCAUCAGAACUUGAACAGUCUUGACAGUCUGGAUCUGCGGUCUGAAAGGACAAGAGCAGUCUUUCGGCCUGAAGCUUCUGAUCAACUGAGCAAGAUUAUAACUACUGGGCACCCAGAGUCAUACUUGGUGGUAAAUCAGCAGGAAUGGCUUGCACUGCGAGUGAACAGCAAUAGACGCAGAAAAGUUCUCCGCUUGCCUUGUAUGAAAAACACCCCAGAACAGUGAACAACGAUGCUGUCUCUGUUUAUCAGUGGGAAAAGUUGACUUAUAGACUUGCAUUUAUAACAAGGCACUUCAACACUUUUUUCAGUUAAAUAUAUUACUGAUUUUAAUAUUAUAAGCUAUCUGAACUCCUUUCCAUUUCCUGUAUGGUGAAUAAUUGACCAACAUUGGGGGAUAGUCUCAAUGUAUAUUGUACCACUGAAAUAUUAGCAUAUCAAAAGCUGAUGAUCAAAAAUCUCCUUUACUGAAUAAAUUUUAAUAUGAUAUUGCAAGAUAAAACUGUAAAUGUUCAUUUUUCCACAAUGUAUGUCAGUGCUGAUUUAUGCUAUCUUGAGUUUAAAGGGAUUCAGUAUGCUAUCUUGAAAGGCAGUAUUUUUUGACUUAGAAGUAUUCUAUAUAAUAAUUUAUCAUAUGUUUAAAUACACUGAUACUAAUAGAACAUCUUUGGAAUUAUACUGCCUCUACAAAAUGUUUUUAAUAUUGCAAUUUAUAUCUUUUUGGGAGGAGGUGUCAGGCAAAAGAAACUACAACCAAUAUUUAUGGGUUGCCUGUUUUUAAUUAAAUGUUCUUUAA